AUGUCAUUAUCACCAACACGCGCAACCAACGGGAACAGCGUGCACGCGUCACCAGCGCGUGAAGUUGCGCGUGACACGCCCGACUACCAGUACGGGCGGUUCGACGCGAGCGCACUGCACAUAGCGCAUGCGCUCAAACAGACUGAGCUGCAGAAGGCCUACCAUAGGCCGAGAGAGAAGCCCAUUGAUUGUUAUUUGGAUCGAGAUGAACAAACUAAACUGGAGAUGAAACAUCGGCAGGAGGAAGAUGAUUUAUAUAGAAAAUUCUCCAAACACAGAGAAGAAGAGAACAGAAGAAUACGAGACGAAAUACAGGUAUUAGGAGAUGUUUAGUUGAUUUAGUUAUGC